CAGGAAUCAGGUGUAUUAAUCUAGAUGCAACCGUAAGGAGUACAGUUCACGAACGAAUACAUGAUUAUUCGAAGCGUUUCCACGCGAACUUUUCAACCUCUUUCAUCCUUGGACGAUGUUUCUUGGGUAAUACUGGCACACGCGGUUCUAACAGAGCACGAUGUUGCAUACUGAGGAAGCGGUCUCUGAAGAGAUUACCUUCCACCUUCAAGCCACGGAGACUUUCCGACAGAUCUUCACCGAGUUGCACCUCCGGUUCUGCUUCUGGUAUGACGUGUUUUCCAAGUCGUCGGCCUGCUAGUCCGGAACGACGUAGCUUCUCUUGUAAUAUAAGUUGCCGCUGAAUCUGUCCCUGUUCACGCGCAGAUAACGUGCCGUCUAUAAUUUUCUUUGUCGACUUCACUGAGUCGAGGGUGGCGAGCAGACGCUUCUUUGCAGCUCGUUCAGCAAGUGCGCGUUUUUCUGCACGCUGCUUUUCUGCCUUUUUACGUUGUUGUUUCGUUUUCCGUACUGUAGGUUUCUUGGGCAAAGGUGCGUCGCCUCGCUCAUCGUCAUCCUCAUGGCUGUCUGUUUCCUUGCCAUCGUCGACGGUCAUCCCUAUCGGGACGCCUAGUGUCACCUCAGCUAACUGUACCUUCCUUGCUGCAUCCACUUUCUCCUUCAGACGUGCGAGCUUCUCAGCUUCUUUUUCAUCCCUUUCCGCCUUCUCAUUCGCAAGUCGGAGUAACGCCCGGUGGGCAUCCACCGGAGGAUUGUACGAUGAGCCGGCAUGAGGCACAACUACGGUCGGGACUGCAAUUUCUUCGCGUAAUGUACUUGACUGCGGUGCAUUUACUUUGAGCUUUUCGGCCGGGGGCGGUAGGAAGUCUCCAACCCCAACAUCCGAGGUUGCGGGACGACCUCCUGGAGCCCAGACAUCGUAUGUGCCACUUUGCUUGACGGCGUGACUUGGGUCAAGUAGCGCACUUCCCUUACCAAGCUCUGAAGUGUCUUCAACACUAUUAAAAGGUCCCAGUCGUUUCCUCUUUCCGAUACGUAGCAGACGUUUCUUGUCUUCCUGGGUGAUACGUAUUGGCUUCUUUGUGGAAGGGGUUGAGUGACGGGAGAGGACUGCGGGUACGGCUGAUCGCUGUGCAAGUGCUUUGUAGUAGGAAAGUUGAGAUUUAUCGAAUUUGGGUAGACGUUCGCGGGCGUCUUCGUCUCCCUUCACGUCGACUUGAAACAGUUCGUCAUUAGUUUUGGAGCGCAAUGAUGACCCAGUUUCCCGCUCCUCUGCACGCAUUUCUUCGAGACCACCUUCUACUUGACCAAUGUCCACAUUCUUCCGCCAAGCUUUCUUGCCUUUCCGACUCGAUUGUCUGUACUGCGAUGGUGCUCCUGUUUUGUUAUUUGACGUCUUCGCCUUUUUCAUCACCGCUACAGCCAUUUUUUUUUCUACUUGCAACGAUGGUCGUCUGCGAUAGACUGGCAACUACCACAGCAAAAUUAAAGGAGAUCGACGUGUUGCCUGGAAAGGAAUUUGCACAGCCACGGUACGUUACUUCUGUGUCCCUCUGAGUCUAAGUCCUAGAUAGACGUCGACCACGUCCUUUGCUUCCAAAAAAUGGCCCGUAAUGAAGAGAAGGCACAGUCCAUGCUUUACCGUUUCCGAGAGGCGCAAGCCGCUGAGCUUGGUCUUGGAACACGGAGCGACCGACGACCGCGCAUGGCAAGCGCAUGUAAAAGCCUGCGAGAAUGUGAGCGAUGGAGAGGUGAAAUUCUAAGAGAAAUCAGCCGCAAGGUGUCGAAAAUUCAGGACGCUGGCUUGACAGACUAUGAAGUGCGCGACGUGAACGACGAGAUCAACAAGUUAUUGCGCGAAAAACGACAUUGGGAAAACCAGAUUGUUGCAUUGGGAGGUGCCAAUUAUCGACGGAAUGUUGCUAUGUUGGAUGAUGAAGGGAAGGAGGUUCCUGGGACGAAAGGAUACAAAUACUUUGGUCGAGCGAAGGAGUUACCUGGUGUGAAGGAACUUUUCCAGGGCCGCAAAAAGGAACAGGAUGAGGAGGACAAGAUGCACGCCUUCUACAAAAAGUUCACCGGUCAAGGCCCAUCAUACUAUGGAGACCUGGACGAGAAAGACGGUGAACUGCUUAAAUAUGAGCGAUCACAAGAGGAAGAAGAAUGGGAAGAAGCGUAUUCAACAUUACGGGAAGUGCUCGGUAUUCCGGAAGAUGAGCCUGUCCCACCAAUGCCAGGCCGCGACAAAGCCAAUCCGCUCAGUACGACAACGCAUCAACAACUGGCCUCCGGUAUUUCAGACGCUACGAAACGAAAAGCUCCAGAUGGCGACAUGGACAUGGUUGCUCCCUCUUCGAUAUCACAGCCGUCAGAUGCCUCUACCGAUGCUACAAAGCGACCAAAGCUCACUGAAACGCAAGACGAUGUUUCUGCCACGAAUGGCAUCGUGACCACACAAGGACAGCCGUCAAUGGACACCGCGAUACAAAGUGCAAAAAUGGCCGCCGCGUUUAUCCCAUUCCUCGCACCGGAAGAUCUUCUCCCGCCAAAGUUGCCUACGAAAGACGAGAUGGAAGGUGUACUUCUCGAACUUCGCAAGCGCGCGUUGGUCGAAGAGUAUUUUGGCGAGUGAUAAGGAGGAGGCAUCUACCUACGUAUUUGCCUUCCCAGUACUGUACAUGUUUUUCUGCUUUGUUAUUGUGCAAUAUUAAACCUGAU